AGCCCAUCUCUGCGUGCUUGCUGCCAACUGCGAUGAGCCCAUGUACGUCAUGCUGGUGGAGGCCCUCUGUGCCGAGCAUCAGAUCAAUCUCAUCAAGCAGUCCUGCCGGAGGUGUGAUGGAUGUCAACACCGCUCUCCCUGAAGUGCUCAAGACCGCACUCAUCCACGAUGGCCUGGCCCGAGGUAUCCGUGAGGCUGCCAAGGCUCUGGACAAACGUCAAGCCCAUCUCUGCGUGCUUGCUGCCAACUGCGAUGAGCCCAUGUACGUCAUGCUGGUGGAGGCCCUCUGUGCCGAGCAUCAGAUCAAUCUCAUCAAGCAGUCCUGCCGGAGGUGUGAUGGAUGUCAACACCGCUCUCCCUGAAGUGCUCAAGACCGCACUCAUCCACGAUGGCCUGGCCCGAGGUAUCCGUGAGGCUGCCAAGGCUCUGGACAAACGUCAAGCCCAUCUCUGCGUGCUUGCUGCCAACUGCGAUGAGCCCAUGUACGUCAUGCUGGUGGAGGCCCUCUGUGCCGAGCAUCAGAUCAAUCUCAUCAAG